AAAAGUAUUUCCGUUUAUUUCCUUCAGGCGCCAUUUUAAGUCGCAGACAUCGAGACAGUAACCAGGGACACUAACUGGACCUGAACCACUGGGAACUGACUGGUUCUGGUUUCUCUCUCAGACUGACUGAAGUCCAGAAGAUGGAAGAUUGGAAAUUAAAGGAGGGCAGAGCAGAACCUCCAGGAUCCAGCUGUCCGUCUAUGAGGAGUGACUGGUCCAAAGGUGAACCUCCAGACUUCAGUGCAGAACCUGGACCCUCAGUCAUAAAAGGUCAGAACCACAGACGGAGAGCAGAACCUCCAGGAUCCAGCUUUCCGUCUAUGAGGAGUGACUGGUCCAAAGGUAGACCUCCAACCUUCAGUGCAGAACCUGGACUCUCAGACUCAGAAGGUCAGAACCGCAGAUGGAGAGCAGAACCUCCAGGAUCCAGCUGUCCGUCUAUGAGGAGUGACUGGUCCAAAGGUAGACCUCCAACCUUCAGUGCAGAACCUGGACUCUCAGACUCAGAAUGGAGGAAGAGGAGCGAACCCCAGAGUGGAGAAAGAUCCAGAACCAGAGCUGGACCGCUGACAGCCAAUCAGAGCAGCUGUGCAGCAGAUGUUGAUGGUCGAUGUCAGUGUGACCUUAAAGAGUCUCUGAAGAAGAAGUUUGAAUGUGUCUCUGCUAAAGCUGGAGAGAAAACCUUUCUGGAUGAGAUCUACACAGAGCUCUACAUCACAGAGGGAAAGACUAGAGAGGUCAAUGAUGAACAUGAGGUCAGAAGGAUUGAAGCAGCAUCCUGGAAACAAAACAGAGCAGGAACAACAAUCAGACCAGAAGACAUCUUCAAUCCUCCUGGAGGAAGGGGUCGGAUCAGAACCGUGAUGACGAUGGGCGUGGCUGGCAUCGGCAAAACAGUCUUAACACAGAGGUUCACUCUGGACUGGGCUGAAGGCAGAACCAACCAGAACAUCCAGUUCAUAUUUCCAUUCACCUUCAGAGAGCUGAAUGUUCUGAAAACAGAGUUCAGCUUGGUGGGACUGAUUCAUAAACACUUUAAGCCAAUCAGAGAUGCAGGGAUCUACGGCUUUGAAGACUUCCAGGUUCUGUUCAUCUUAGAUGGUCUGGAUGAGAGUCGACUUUCUUUCCACCACAAUAAGAUCCUGACUGAUGUUACAGAGUCCACCUCAGUGGAUGUUCUGCUGACUAACCUCAUCAGGGGGAAACUGCUUCCCUCUGCUCUCCUCUGGAUAACCACACGACCUGCAGCAGCCAAUCAGAUCCCUCCUGAGUGUGUUGGCAUGGUGACAGAGGUCAGAGGGUUCACCGACCCACAGAAGGAGGAGUACUUCAGGAAGAGGUUCAGAGAUAAAGAGAAGGCCAGCAGGACCAUCUCCCACAUUAAAAGAUUAAAAAGUCUCUUCAUUAUGUGUCACAUUCCCGUCUUCUGCUGGAUCACUGCUGAUGUUCUGGAGGGUUUGUUGGAGACCAGAGAUGGAGGAGAGCUGCCAAAGACCCUGACUGGGAUGUACAUCCGCUUCCUGAAGCUUCAGAUCGAACGUAAAAUAAUCAAGUAUGAUGGAGGACAGAAGACAGAGUCCCAAUGGACUCCAGAGAACAUCAAGAUGGUUCAGUCUCUGGGAAAACUGGCCUUUGAGCAGCUGCUGGAAGGAAACCUGAUCUUCUAUAAACCAGACCUGGAAAAGUGUGGCAUCAACAUCAAAGAUGCUUCAUGGUUCUCAGGAGUGUUUACUGAGAUCUUUAAAGAGGAGAGAGGGAUGGACGACACCUCAGUCUACUGCUUUGUUCAUCUGAGCUUCCAGGAGUUUCUGGCUGCAGUCUACAUGCUCCACUGCUUCACCAGCAGGAACACAGAGGUGGUGGAGAACUUCCUGGGAGAAAGAUACAGAGAAACAUCUCUGGAGGACUUCAUGAAGAAAGCCAUGGAGAAAUCCCUCAGGAGUCCAAAUGGCCACCUGGACCUGUUUGCUCGCUUCCUUCAUGGCCUCUCUGUGGAGUCCAACCAGAGCCUCUUAGGAGGCCUGCUGGGUCAGAUGGAGAACAGUCCAAGAACCAUCCAGAGAGUCAUCAACAAUCUGAAGGAGAUGAACACUGAUGAUAGAAUCUCUCCUGAUAGAAGCAUCAACAUCUUCCACUGUCGUCAGGAGAUGAAGGACCUCUCAGUUUAUCAGGAGAUCCAACAGCUCCUGAAAUCAGGGAAGAAGCUCUCAGAGAUCCAGUGCUCAGCUCUGGCCCACAUGCUGCAAAUGUCCGAUGAGGUUUUGGAUGAGUUAGACCUGGAGAAGUACAACACAUCACAGGGAGGACGACAGAGACUGGUUCCAGCUGUGAGGAACUGCAGAAAGGCUCGACUUGGUGGCUGUUCUCUCUCUGAGGCUGAAUGUGAAGUUGUGGCCUCAGCUCUGAAGUCCAACCUUCAUCUGACUGAAGUGGAAAUAGAGACGAUCAGUGGAGGUGGAAUCUAUGGAUCCUUUGGAGACUCUGGAAUGAAGCAUCUGUGUGAGAUACUGGAGAGUUUAAUCUGCAAAGUGAAGAACUUGAUAUUGUGGAGGUGCAGUCUCUCAGAGAUCAGCUGGGCUUCUCUGGGCUCAGCUCUGAAGUCUAAUCCAUCCCAUCUGACAGAACUGGACCUGAGUGGAACCAACCUGGACCCUGGAAUGAAGGAGCUCAGUGGGUUUCUCCAGUCUCCCCUCUGCAAACUACAGACAUUGAGAUUGUGGAGGUGCAGUCUCUCAGAGAUCAGCUGGGCUUCUCUGGGCUCAGCUCUGAAGUCUAAUCCAUCCCAUCUGACAGAACUGGUCCUGUACAAAACCAAGCUGGACCCUGGAAUGAAGGAGCUCAGUGGGUUUCUCCAGUCUCCCCUCUGCAAACUACAGACAUUGAUAUUGAGGAGGUGUGGUUUGACAAAGAUCAGCUGUUCUGCUCUGGUCUCAGCUCUGAAGGCAAACCACUCACAUCUGGAAUACCUGGACCUGAGCUACAACAACCUGAAGGAGUCAGAUGUUCAGCAGCUGCAGGAUCUUAAAGAGAGUCCAGACUACAAACUGAAGCGUCUGUAAGUAGAUGGUUGGAGU